CCCUUACACUACCGCACACCCCCCCCCCGGAAGGGAUUUCUCUAGAAGCGUGGCGCCGUGAAGGCGAUCGAACACAGUCCUCCGGAUCCCCCAAGAAAGAGAGGGGGCCUGGAUGGAGGGGGCUAGAAAGCGGCUCCCGCCUCCUAGUGGCCAGGAAGCGGUUAAAUCGGCAAAGCUAGGAAGCGAGGGAGGAGCCAGCGAGUGCGUGAAGGAGGGGGGUGGCUGGGAAGAGCAUCCUCGCUGUCCCCACUCUCCCUCGGCGAGCAGCCGGCGCGCACGGACCGACGGACUGACGGACACCGCGCGCUGCCUGCGGUGCUGGGGGGCGCGGGCACCGGGCAUCGACGGCCAGCUCGAACCCCGUCCCGCCGCGCCCCACCCCGUCCCGUCGGGGCCGAUGGCUCCUCACGAGGUUCGCAGCCCAGGUGGCGCAGGGUAGAGCGCCGCGGCCCGGCCACACAGCCCGGGGACUCCCGGGCCCUCCCGGAGCCCCGCGGAGUCCCCGCCGUCCGUCUGGCCGGCUCAGGGAGCGAGUGGGAGCGCCCUCCCUCCCCGCCGCCCCCUCCCCCGAGCGUCGAGACAAGAUGCUGCCCGGGCUCAGGAGCCUGCUGCAAGGUCCCGCCCCGGCCUGCCUCCUGCUGAUGCUCCUGGCCCUGCCCCCAGCUGCCCCCAGCUGCCCCAUGCUCUGUACCUGCUACUCGUCCCCGCCCACCGUGAGCUGCCAGGCCAACAACUUCUCGUCGGUGCCGCUGUCCCUGCCGCCCAGCACGCAGCGCCUAUUCCUGCAGAACAACCUCAUCCGCACGCUGCGGCCCGGCACCUUCGGGCCUAACCUGCUCACUCUGUGGCUCUUCUCCAACAACCUCUCCGCCAUCUAUCCGGGCACCUUCCGCCACCUGCAGGCGCUCGAGGAGCUGGACCUCGGCGACAACCGGCACCUGCGCUCUCUGGAGCCCGACACCUUCCAGGGCCUGGAGCGGCUGCAGUCGCUACAUCUGUACCGCUGUCAGCUCAGCAGCCUGCCGGGCAACAUCUUCCGCGGCCUGGUCAGCCUGCAGUACCUCUACCUCCAGGAAAACAGCCUGCUCCACCUACAGGAUGACCUGUUCGCGGACCUGGCCAACCUGAGCCACCUCUUCCUCCACGGGAACCGCCUGCGGCUGCUCACGGAGCACGUGUUCCGCGGCCUGGGCAGUCUGGACCGGCUGCUGCUGCACGGGAACCGGCUGCAGGGCGUGCACCGCGCGGCCUUCCGCGGCCUCAGCCGCCUCACCAUCCUCUACCUGUUCAACAACAGCCUGGCCUCGCUGCCGGGCGAGGCGCUCGCUGACCUGCCGGCGCUGGAGUUCCUGCGGCUCAACGCCAACCCCUGGGCGUGCGACUGCCGCGCGCGGCCGCUCUGGGCCUGGUUCCAGCGCGCGCGCGUGUCCAGCUCCGACGUGACGUGCGCCACGCCCCCGGAGCGCCAGGGCCGCGACCUGCGCUCCCUCCGCGAGGCCGACUUCCAGGCCUGCCCGCCCGCCGUGCCCACGCGGCCCGGCAGCCGCGCCCGCGGCAACAGCUCGUCCAACCACCUGUACGGGGUGGCCGAGGCCGGGGCGCCCCCCGCCGACCCCUCCACCCUCUACCGAGACCUGCCAGCCGAAGACCCGCGGGGGCGCCAGGGCGGGGACGCCCCCACCGAGGACGACUACUGGGAGAGCUACGGGGGCGAGGACCAGCGGGGCGAGCAGACGUGCCCCGGCGCUGCCUGCCAGGCGACCCCGGACUCCCGCGGCCCCGCGCUCUCGGCCGGGCUCCCCACCCCUCUGCUUUGCGUCUUGCUCCUGGUCCCCCACCACCUCUGACUGCGGUGCUGAGACUGAAGAGGCCGGUGUGUCUCGCUCCCCCUCUUCCCUCAUCCCCAUCCCCAGCUGCGGCUCCGGCCCCAGUCCCCGCCCUCUGGCCCUGCGGCCUUGCUGCCUUCUUUCCGCUCCCAGCUCCUCUCUUCCCCUGGGACCAGGCCACCUCUCCCUGCCUCCCAGGCUGCUGGCUUAUGGCAGCCCCAGGAGGACACAUCUGGUGGCUCAGCCCUGUUCUCCCCGACUCUGGCCGUUAACCCGUUCCCAUCCCAAGGCUGGGGUGGGCACCCCAGGCAGCCGCUGACCACUUCUCCCAGUGCCCACAGUGGACUCGGGACGGGCUUUGUCUGCAGAGCAUCUUCCACCAGCAGAGCCUUUGGAAGCUCCCGGGAAGGGAGCCCUGCCCAGGAGCCCUUUGGAGGGAUGCUUCAGUCGGGGCCAGGCCAACCCUAGGCCCCUGCUUAUCCUAGCACCCCUCAACCUCCCGACACUGGAGAAAUACUUUUCUCCUGUCUACCUUGGACACUUUUUAGGGUGCCUGGAGAGAGCUUUCCUCUCCACCGUGGCCCCUGUGUGGUGAAGAUCAACAGAAGUUGUUUGGGAAAAAAAAAAAUUUAUUAAAAAAUUCUAUUAUUUUA